CCUCUACUGGCAGCUCAUACCUAGAAUCUUGCAGAGUGCUAGCCAUGGCGUCGAUCCGCAACUCCAGGCUUCUGUUUUUCCUCGAUCAGCCGAUUUGUUAUCGAUGUAUCCGCAGAAAUGCAGGUUUCGGCUUGCGCUGGUCGUCCACAUCGACCGAAGCUCCAGCUUCACCUCUGCUGGCCAAAAUCAAGAAUGACUUGAAGAGUGCCAUGCGCGCAAAGGACACAUCAAGAUUAACGGUCCUUCGGGGCACCAUCUCCGAGAUCAACCAAGCCGCCUCCUCUUCCGCGCCCAUAAAGACGGACCUCCAAAUUCUCGCUCUACUGCGUAAGCGCAAAUCUGCGACAGAGGCAGCGAUGAAGGAGGCCGAAGCCGCCAAACGACCGGAUCUGGCAGAGAAGCAAGCGAAAGAGAUGGAGGUCAUUGAUGAGUUGGCGGGGAGUGUAAAGCUGAUGGAUCCCGCAGCUGUCAGAUUGGUGGUCCGGGGAAAGAUAGAGACGUUGAGGAACACCACGCAGGGGGAGUUGAAGCAAGGGGUUGUAAUGAAAGAGCUGUUGAAGCCCGGUGGUGAGUUGGACGGGAAGCCACUGGACAACAAGAUAUUGGCAGAGUUGGUGCGGGAGGAGCUAUUCAGCAACCACAAUCCCUCGUGAUGAGGGGAUGCGUUUGUUCAAGAAUAGGCCCGAUUUCGGGGUUGCAUUACUUUGUAUUAAUAUUCUGGACGAGUGGGAUGAGAUGGGCCAAAGAGCACCAGAGCUCGCCCUUUCCAUUUCUUGAGAGGAGAGCCAUUCCUCUGGUUCCCGUAUCCCUGCCUUCAAAUACAUGCGCAACGCCUCUCAGCCGCGAUAAUAUUGCACC